ACGGCGACGCGGAGGACUCGCCGGCCUGAGUUGCGGUGCCGGCGGACACCAGCCGCUAUGGCCCUCGUGGCGUGGGUCAGUCGGCGGUGUCACCUGGGCCGGUCGGGCAUCACGCGUCUGGCACUCGUCGGUGCCAUCGUGCUCUGGACGGUCAUCUUCAACGUGCUGACCUUCGGCGGCCGGGGGCCGCCGUCGCAGCCACCAAAGGGCACCAGCGGCUCGCUGGCGCACGUGCGCCAGAUUAUAGCUGACACGCUGCGGGCGGCUCCUGUGACCUCUGUGCGGUCGGUCGCCCCGGCGGUCCGCUCGGCUGCGUACGGUGGCCACGAGCCGCUCAGCUGCUUCACAGAUGCCUCAACGUCGGAGCAGCGCUCGUUCAACGAGUCGGAGCAGGCCAUGUUCCGCUACCUGUUUGACUGGCCCGAGGUGCCCACCAGCUCGUGCAAGCGCAUGAUCAAGUUUGGCGGCAUCGCCGGCGGACAGAACUGCCUGGUAGACGGCGACAAAUACGCCUGCCUAGACCCGCCCCUGAAGCUGGCAACAGCCACCGACUGCCUCGUCUACUCCUUCGGCAUCAACUACGACUGGAGCUUCGACGAGGCCGCGGAGCGGAUCUACACGCUGGACGAGAUCGUGACGCUUCUCGGCCACGAGAACCGCACUAUCCACUACCUGAAGAUGGACGCCGAGGGCGGCGAGUUCGACAUGAUGGCGCAGCAGCUGUUGGACGGCGCCGGCGAGUUCGUGCUGGACAAGGUGGAACAGAUCGGCUUCGAGAUCCACUAUCGCCUCGACCCUCGGCUCCAGAUGAGCUACUACCUGGAGGCCAACGAGACGGUGACCUACCUGCGCCAGCUCGGCUUCAACAUGGUGCAGUGGGAAUACAACAAGGUGGUGUGGCAGCGGUACAUGUUCCCGGGCGUGGAGCGACCAGUCAGCCUGCUGUACGAGAUCCUGCUGGUCAAGAACGGUGUCGACUCCUGGGACCGGCGGCUGCGCGUCUAG